AUGGAUAGUAGCCGGAGCAGCGACAGCGACGGCGCCUCGACGACCUACAACCCUCCGGAUGCACUCACCGUCAUCUCAUGGGCCUCGAUCGGGCUCGGGGCCCUCGCCUCGCUGUGGAUCGCGUGGGAUAUUGUCCGUCGCUCGCGGUGGCGGCACAUGAUGGCGAUUAUCUCCGAUUCAAGGAUUCCGGUCUACGUCAUCAAUGCCCUGUACCUGUGGCCCAUCACGGUGUGGAUAUACAUCCGGUACGGUAGACAGGGAAUGUCGGGUAACAACGAAGAGGAGGCUGCGGAGACGGUGGAAGAGAAUCCUCUACUCCACGCCCCGUCUCACUCAGAUCACGGCGAAGAAAGCACGGACCGGGAACAACAACACCCAGACGGUGACUCGAUUGCACAUCAUCACCAUGAUGCUGACAGUGGCGGUGACGUGGCGGAUACCCACGACGACGACGGCGCAGGGCACGGCGAAGAAGCGCAUCAUCAUCACCACAAGCACCACGAGCACGCCCAUAUGCAUGCCGACCUCCCCAUGUUCGCGACCGUCACCAUUGCCACGUGCCACUGCGGUGCGGGCUGCGUCCUCGGCGACCUUGUGGGCGAAUGGCUGAUCUACGCGUUUGAAGUGACCAUCGGUGGAAGGAUGCUAUAUGCUGCUUUUAUCGUCGACUUCGCACUCGCUCUAGCCUUCGGCAUCGUCUUUCAGUAUCUCUCCAUCGCGCCCAUGGCGGGCGAAUACGGGUGGCGCACGGUGGUGCGUGCCGCAAAGGCCGAUUUCCUGUCUCUGGCCUUCUUCGAGAUCGGCCUGUUUGGCUGGAUGGCCGUGUUCGACCUCGUCAUCUUCGAGCAGGGGCUGGGCAUGACCACCGCAGCGUAUUGGUUCAUGAUGCAGGUCGGCAUGUUUUUCGGCCAUUGGACCGGGUUCCCUAUCAAUUGGUGGUUGAUCAAGGAAGGGAUCAAAGAGCCGUGUGCUUCAUUGAAGACCUGGCUGCUCUCUAAAAAACCUGAGGGAGAGACGAACCGAGAUGCGUUGAGCGCCACGUCGGAGUUGAGGACGAGUAGCCCGGCAGAGGAAGCUCCGUCAAGUCCCCAAGGCAAAGGAUGUGCGCCACCUUUAGCUUUUUAUCUCUGCAAUGGGUUUGUCAAUAUCAGAGGCAUGCUGGGAGCUAUUGCGAACAAUUGCUCGAAGCAGGCUCUGGAUCGACUGUGCUACCAGAUCCCACUGGUGAGCAUGUUUGCAGUCAUCGUUUCUGUUGAGCAUGUCCGUAUUCAUCAUUCCGAAGUCCCCAAGCGCGAUGAUGAGCUUCAGUUCCUGAGUCAGUCUUGGGCGACGGCGGCAUCGAUGGCGGGGUAA